AUGAGAGAUCCAGAGCCCUGCAGAAUCAAACACACUGAAGAUACUGAAGAACUAACAGACUUGAUUGAAGAUAAUGAGGAGAAAGAAGAAUUGAGUGAAUCUGAGGAGAAAAAUCAUGUCAUAAGUGGAGAAAAACCCAAACAGAAAGAUUUAAAGAAAAGAAGAACCAAGAAAUCUUUCACCUGCACUCAGUGUGGAAAGAGUUUCGCAUACAAACAUCAUCUUGAGCUUCACAUGAGAGUUCAUUCUGGAGAGAAACUGUACACUUGUGAUCAGUGUGGAAAGAGUUUCUCACAAUCAUCACACCUUAAGGUACACGAGAUGAUCCACACUGGAGAGAAACCGUUCACAUGUGAUCAGUGCGGGAAGAGUUUCACAAUAAAAGGAUACCUUAAGACACACAUGAGAGUUCAUACUGGAGUGAAACCAUUCACUUGUGAUAAGUGUGGAAAGAGUUACUCAUACUCAUCAGCCCUUAAGGUACACAUGAACAUCCACACUAGAGAGAAACCGUACACAUGUGAUCAAUGUGACAAAACAUUUUUGAGAGCUUCAUACCUGAAGCAGCACCUGAGAGUUCAUACAAAGGAGAAACCACAUUCAUGUCAUUUGUGUGGAAAGAGUUUUUCACGUCUACAAAGUUUGAAAGAACAUCAGAAAAUUCAUACUGGUGUGAGAGAGUACAUGUGCUUUGAGUGUGAGAAGACUUUUACUACAGCAAACUGUUUAAAAGUGCAUGAGAGGAUUCACACUGGAGAAAAACCAUACAAGUGUUCACACUGUGAAAAGAGAUUCAGUGAUUCAGCAAAUCUGAAAACACACGAGAGGAUCCACACUGGAGAGAAACCGUACACAUGUGAUCAGUGUGGGAAGAGAUUCAGUAAUUCAGGAAAUCUGAAAAAACAUGAGAUGAUCCACACUGGAGAGAAACCGUAUCAUUGCACUGCAUGUCGGAAUUUUUCACGUCUACAAAGUUUGAAAGAACAUCAGAAAAUUCAUACUGGUGUGAGAGAGUACAUGUGCUUUGAGUGUGAGAAGACUUUUACUACAGCAAACUGUUUAAAAGUGCAUGAGAGGAUUCACACUGGAGAAAAACCAUACAAGUGUUCACACUGUGAAAAGAGAUUCAGUGAUUCAGCAAAUCUGAAAACACACGAGAGGAUCCACACUGGAGAGAAACCGUACACAUGUGAUCAGUGUGGGAAGAGAUUCAGUAAUUCAGGAAAUCUGAAAAAACAUGAGAUGAUCCACACUGGAGAGAAACCGUAUCAUUGCACUGCAUGUCGGAAGUGUUUCAGUCAUUCAUCUUCUCUACACAGUCAUACAAAAAACAUUCACAGUAAGUAGAUCAUCUUCAGAUCCAGCAUUUUCAGGUCUGAUUCGCAUCAUCACCAAAUGUGACACAAUAAUGCAUCAAGCAGUGAAAUAUCAGCUGGAUAAAUCUGUCUGUACAAGUGUAAUCCCUCUCUCCCGGGUCCUCACCGACACACCUCGUUCUUGUUUCCAAGUGGGUUUCGAACCCAGAUCUCCAGCAUGGGAGGCAGAUGCACUAACAAGGAGGCUAAAGAUUGCAGCC